AUGGGCGCAUCAUCAUUGCUCCGGGAGUUAUAUUCCCUCGACACUCUCGACACUCGGUUCACGACUUCCUCCUCGGUUCCCCUGAAAUCGGUUGACGAGAACUCGCACAAGUCUGUAGAAAGAGAGGGCAAAGCUUUGCCUACGGAUGUCUCGCCGCCACGAUGGAGAACUCCCGAGUUCUACUUCUACACGCUGGUAUUUCUGUUCUGCGUACCGCAGAUGUACUGGGCUGUAGUGGAGGUUUCACAACCCGAUUCACCGAACUAUUCAAAAUACGAGCAUCUGUUGUCCCCAGGCUGGCUGUUGGGUCGGAAAGUGGACAAUUCAGAUGGCCAGUAUGCCAGUUUCCGAGACAACGUCCUGUAUCUUGCCGUUCUUCUUGUCCUUCAUCCACUGCUUCGACGGCUGUAUGAACAGCUCACUGGGCACGGUACACCGACAGUAAACGGGAAUGGCAAGGCCAAGUAUUCGUCGGUUGAAGCAUAUCUCCGUCUUCAGAGCCGGGUCUCCUUCGACUUCUAUUCUGCAUUGGUCUACAUUUCCGCUCUGAAUGGCUUUUCCAUGCUCAAGAUUCUUCUCAUCCUUUACGUGAAUUUCAAAAUCGGCACCUCGCUUCCUCGAAACCGCAUUCCCGCUGCGACCUGGGUGUUCAACAUUGUCAUUCUCUUCGCCAAUGAGCUGACGCAAGGCUACCCGUAUUCGACUUUGGUGCAGACUCUUGCCCCAUUUCUCCCGGCUGCGUCCGACUGGGCCAAGUUCCUGGACUCGCAUGCAGGCUUGAAUCCGCGGUGGGAGGUUCUUUUCAAGAUCACCGUGUUGAGAAUGAUAUCCUUCAAUUUCGACCACUACUGGUCGUUGGAUCGGGCCAGGGUCGGGAGCCCUAUCGAGAAGAAACAACUCGAUCCGGCAGCGUUGUCCGAAAGGGACCGAGUCGCCAUGCCGGCUCCAGAAGCAACAUACAAAUCAUUUCGAACUUACGUCGCCUACGUCCUGUACCCACCACUCUAUCUUGCGGGACCCAUUGUGACAUUCAACGACUACAUUUCUCAAUCCAUGCACCCGGCACCUUCGAUAACGACAAGACGGACGAUCCUCUACGGCAUCAGAUUUCUGAUCACCCUGUUUUGCAUGGAGUUUUUACUGCACACCAUCUACGUCGUUGCGAUUUCCAAGGCCUCUCCGGAUUGGUCCACAUAUACGCCCUUCCAACUCAGUAUGCUGGCAUAUUUCAACCUGCAUAUUAUCUGGCUGAAAUUAAUGAUCCCCUGGCGUUUCUUCCGGCUCUGGGCAUUGAUUGACGGUAUGGAUCCUCCGGAGAACAUGGUCCGCUGCAUGAGUGACAACUAUUCGGCGUUUGGAUUUUGGCGUUCAUGGCACAGAAGCUUCAAUCGGUGGACAAUUCGGUACCUCUACAUUCCUCUUGGGGGUGGCGUCGGCGGUGGGACAGGGAGGGUACGCGGUAUCCUCAACAUGCUCGCUGUCUUCUCCUUUGUCGCCUUGUGGCACGACAUCAACCUGAGGCUGUUGAUGUGGGGGUGGCUGGUCGUGCUUUUCGUCUUGCCAGAGGUCCUUGCGACCAUGGCAUUCCCGAAAUCAAAAUGGAGAAAUCGGCCUGAAGCGUACCGCGUCCUCUGCGGCAUCGGCGCAGUGAUCAAUAUCCUCCUUAUGAUGGCUGCCAACCUGGUCGGAUUUGCGGUCGGACUGGACGGGCUGAUGGGACUGGUGAACGGUAUCAUUGGCAGUUGGCAAGGCGCGAUGUUCAUGCUCGGUGCUUGCUUUGCGCUUUUCGUUGGCGUGCAGGUCAUGUUUGAGCAUCGGGAGGAAGAGAAAAGGCAUGGUAUUCGGCUGAAGUGUUAA